CUCCGGGCCCUGGUUUAAGAGCAUGAAACAGUCGCUCUCGGGCUGCUAAGGGCAGAGCAGUCGGCCCCGAGCCGCGCGUCCUAGAAGCCUCGGCACUGACACCGGAGAGCAGCAGCCCGGGCAGGAGCAGCAACAGCAGGAGCAGGAGCCCGAGCCCGGCAGGGGGUGGGAGACAGCAACUGCAAGGACGGGGGUGGGGGGAGGGCGCGGGGGGGCGGGGACCGGGUGGAGGGGGGGCGCCCGGCGGAGGAGAAAGAUGGCAAUGUCUCUCAUCCAAGCGUGCCGCAGUCUGGCUCUCUCAACAUGGCUGCUUUCCUUUUGUUUCGUGCAUUUGCUGUGCCUGGACUUCACCGUGGCUGAGAAGGAGGAAUGGUACACAGCGUUCGUGAACAUCACCUACAUCGAGCCGGGGUCGCCAGCCGCGGCGGCGGCGGGGGCGCUGGGCGCCUCCGGGGAGCUGCGCAGCGAGAAGAGCGAGUGCGGUCGCUACGGCGAACACUCGCCCAAGCUGGAUGCCCACGGACGGGUGGCCAUGGCCAGCUCCGUCCAGGAGCGCCUGGCCUGCGACCCCAACACCAAGUUCGCUGUCCCGGCCCACGCCAAACCCUGGAUAGCCCUUAUCCCCAAGGGCAACUGCUCCGAGAAGGACAAAAUCCGGCAUGCUUUCAUGCAGAACGCCUCAGCGGUGGUUAUUUACAAUGUUGGGACCAACACCAACGAGACCACCACGAUGUCCCAUGCAGAUUUUGUUGCUGUUACUUUUUUACAUGAUUGCAGUGUGCAAGACAUUGUUGCAAUCAUGAUUCCUGAGUCAAAAGGAAAGGAAAUAGUGACCCUCUUGGAUAAAAACAUUACUGUGAUGAUGUAUAUCACCAUUGGGACACGCAACUUGCAGAAAUACGUCAGCCGCACGUCGGUCGUGUUUGUGUCCAUCUCCUUCAUCGUGCUGAUGAUCAUAUCACUCGCUUGGCUGGUCUUUUAUUAUAUUCAGCGGUUCCGAUAUGCAAAUGCCAGGGACAGAAACCAGCGUCGUCUGGGAGAUGCCGCAAAGAAGGCCAUCAGCAAGCUUCAGGUCAGGACCAUCAAGAAGGGGGACAAGGAAACUGAACCUGAUUUCGAUAACUGUGCAGUUUGUAUCGAAGGCUACAAGCCUAAUGAUGUUGUGCGGAUCUUGCCUUGCCGGCAUCUUUUCCACAAAUCCUGCGUGGACCCAUGGCUGCUAGACCAUCGAACCUGUCCCAUGUGCAAGAUGAACAUCCUUAAGGCCCUAGGCAUCCCGCCCAAUGCAGACUGCAUAGAUGACAUCCCACCAGACUUUGAAGGUUCCAUAGGAGGGCCACCAACCAAUCAGAUUACAGGUGCAAGUGACACAACGGUCAAUGAGAGUUCUGUCACUUUGGAUCCAGCGGUCAGGACUGUGGGAGAAUUACAAGUAGUCCAAGAUGCAGACGCCACUCCCCAAGAGGGGGAGGUUCACUUUACAACCAACAGUGAGCAAGAGCCAGCAGUCAGCAGCGAUUCAGACAUCUCGUUGAUCAUGGCGAUGGAAGUUGGACUCUCUGAUGUGGAGCUUUCCACUGACCAAGACUGUGAAGAGGUGAAAUCCUGAAACAUUGAGCAGAGACAAAGGGGGAUGGUCGGGCUCCAGGGGGAGGGCGAAGGGGUGAGCUCCAGGCCUCCCUCCAGUCAUACACCUCCAGACCACCACCACCACAGCUUCAGUGUGCUCCAUUCGGGGAUGGUCCACGAAAAGCAAUACAUAGAGUUGCAUCAACUUGGACGCCGUCUCAGCAUCUCUCCAUCAGUCCACGAUGUUGGCAGCUUGGAAGUCGAAAGCGGAUUUCUUUUCCACCACCUCCAUGUGUUCAAGGACCCGGGUUUCAGCGGCUCAGAAAACAGUGACUGAAGGACAGCCUCGAGAGUUUCCGGCUUUCCUUUCCCCUUCUUAUUUUCCCUCUCCCCUGGGCGGCUUUUGUUUGGGGGUGGCUGGUAGUGUCGUUGGCUUUUUAUUCAGUGUUGUUGUUGUUGUUUUUUAAGGGUAUCUGUAAUUUGCUUGACAUCUGCACCACUGUUGUCUUCCUUUGGUUCCCUUCAGCGUAUUCCUCCCACAUUCUUGUCUGGAAGCAAGCAGUGCCUGCUCUGAUCCGUUUGUAAUCCAUCUCUCAGAUUUAUGGCCUUGACAUUUCAUCAUGAAGUAUGCAUGGCUCUGAGAAGAACUGGUGCCUCGGCUCCUCGGAACCAGCCGAACCAGCUUUCACCAAGAUUUUCAGUCCUGAAAAUCCCUUUUCUCGCCUGACUGGAAGCCCUGAAUCCCCUGAGGCCAGGGCCUCCAUAUCUUAAGCUACGUUGUCCUGGCUUCCACUUGCCAAGGGCCAUUAAAGGCACAUGUGACACAAAAGGGAGAAAUGAGGGUUCACUUCUUGCAAGCCUGGAACCAGCUCCAGCUGCAUUACGAGCAUUCCAUGAUCUUGAAGGGCUGGCACCUGGGGAAUCACAAGGAACUGAACAGCUAGAGGCUGGGCUUCCUUUCAUCUUCAAGCCAAAAGCCUUGUGCACUGGUUCCCAUAAGAAUAUGAAUCCCAUGUUGGGUCGAGGGUGAGCUGGGAGUGAUGGGUCAUAAAGAUGAGUAGGGAGAAAGGCCAUGGCAGAGCUGGUCAUUCCAGAGCCCUCAGAAAGCCAAGACAACAACAGUGCCAUGUUUCCCCUUAAUUCCAUCACUUGCUGGUUACACCUGACCCUGGCCCACAUAGGAGAAUUUAGGUGGCUCCAUAGCAAAUGGUUGGCCAUAAUUCCCUGAGCAUGACUGUUUGCCAGGUGAGGAGUUAUCUUCCUAAAUCAUUUUAUCCCCACAAGAACAGUGUGGGACUUGGCUAAGUCAAGUGUAUCUGAGCUGUGAGAGGCCAAUCAAGGGGAAAUGAAAAAGAAAGGCACUGAGUAAAUGUGUACGUCUACCAGGGUUUUUAAACCAGGUUUUUGUUUUUACUCCUUUUUUUCUCCCCAUCCCUGUGUCCGAGAUGUGCUAUUUUUAUAGCAUGCAAUUUUGUAUAACAUUUGAACUGUCCAAGGACAGAGAAGACUUUCAACUUAACUUGGUCAAGUAGCGAAUGCCUCUUGCUGAUGGUCACUCUAGCCCUUGCCCAUUGUGUGAAGUCCCCUGUAUCUAAGAUGGUACCUAUAUUGAAAAUUGGGGGUAAAUUCCCCUCCUAUUUCCCCAUAUUCUUCUCAUAUUCUGAGGACAAUUCCUCCCUGCUUCAAAAACCCAUUUCUCAAACAAAUGUAGGUUUUUCCAUCAGGAAAUGCCACUUGCCAAGACAUGGAACAGAGUUCAGGGAGACCCCUGGUCAUUGUUUUCUCUUAUUUAAAAGGUUUCCUCUGGGCAGAUUUGCAGAUUGUAAAGAAAAGGGUUUUCUGGCUUCAUAAACCUCUUACCCAUCUAGGACCCAAAGUAUUCCUCUGCAGCAAUGAGAUCCUUGAAUAUGGUCUGGCCCUUCCUUAGACAGGAACUCUUAUUUCCAGCUCUGACCAAUGAUAUGGAGUUAUAGUUUGGGGAAGCAUCCUGGCUUAGGGUGGAAGAGGGAGGGAACCAUCCUGUCCAUGACCACAGCCUAUUUCAGGCUCAGGAGCUAAUCUGUUUCAAAUAAAAUCCUUGAAGGGUCAGGGAACAGAAGCCCUAAAUCUGAGUAAUGUGAAACUACAAUAUUCUAUACCAGUGAUGACAAAUCUUUUAGAGGGAUGGGUGAUGUCCACAGGUGGGUGUGGAGAAGACAAGAGAAGGGGAGCAGCCCAGCCCCUCUCCCUCUGACUUUCUAGUGACAAACUCUGGCAAACUCUGUGCUGGGUAAACAGGGCAUGUGUCCACAGAGAGGGCACUGAGUGCCCCCUAUGGCAUGCAUGCCAUAGGUUUGCCACCACAGUUCUAUACUAUCUCAAAAUGAUUUCUAAAAGAUCAAGUGAUUUGAGACCCUUGGAGAAAGGUACCAUAGAGAAGCAUUGAUUAUCCAUCUAUAUGUUAUUGAUCAAAAAUUCUUAAUCCCAGAUGGGUUUUCUCUUUUCUACUCAACAUGCCUGGAUGACCUCCCCCUCCAUUUAUCACUAUGGGCUUAGAGGAUGCAAACUGAUUGUCGAAUUAAACUAAGAUAAACACGAUUAAAGACAAAUCUGUGAUUUCAACAAAUCAUGAUACAUUCCAGAUUUUUAAAAUGACUUUGAAUUACAUUAAGCUUCUGGAUUAUCAGCAUCAUUGCUCUCCCAUGGUAGUAAAAGAUAAGUAAGAGUGAUAUAUAUAUAUAUAUAUAUGAUCUAAUAAUCAUAACUAUUCCGAAGCUGCCCUUACAAGACUUCUUUUAUAUGGGUAUCAGUUUCUUAUAAAAUGAGGGGGAUGAACUAGAUGAUUUCUAAAGUUUCUUCUCUAAAGCUGUGGUCCUCUCUUCCUACCUCUGUGACCUCAGGCAAAUCACUCUUGGGGCCUCAGUUUUCUCUUCCGGGAAAUGGAUGAAUUGGAGAUGAUCUCCUAAAUAAUUUCCAGUUAAAUCCUAUGAUUCGGGGCAAAAAGACAAGAACCCGUGAAACAGUGGAUAGUCCCCUGCAGUUUCUGCUAUUUUCAGAGAGCUCUGUGCUUCAUAAAAUCGUACGUAUUCAGUCAAAACCCACUUAUUAAGUACCAGCUAUUCUGGAUAAAGGAUUGUGCUGGGAGAAAUCCAAAGAUAAUUAAGUCAUGGCCUCAACACAUCACAUCUAAAGCCUCAGACUUUGCAGAAGUUCUCUUUUGCCUAGUUAUAACUAGAAAUUCUUUCACGUAGGCUAGAAAUAAUUGAGCAGAAUUGGGUGGUAGUGAAGUGGGCAGCCUAGAUUUUUGUGCCCUGGGGCAAAGCCUUACUCACUGUAUCAUGAUUUGGACUCCGCUAAUUACUGAAAAUCAGUUUGAGAAUUAGUCACUAAUGUGCCUCUGUUGAAUUAUAUGGGGCAAGUUUGAGUUAGAGCAAGGGAGACAGCUUGCUAGUCAUCCUUUUCCCUCUUUCUGUGGGAGUAACUACCACCCAAAUUAGCCUAUGGAUCCAAAGAAGACUUUUUUCUCUCUUGUUUUAAUACAGGGCAAAGGGGCCCAUUGGGAAAUUUUUGCUAAAGGAAGAGUCCCAAAUGACUAAACUAUACCAUAGAUAUCAGUUAUUCUUUAUUCUUUCUUUCAUCUAUUAUGAUUUUGAAAGAGAUCACACAAUCCAUUUUAGUUUCAUAAUGAAAUAAAAUGUUAUGUCUCAUAGAAUCUGAAAUCUGUGAGGAUUCCAAAUCUCCACUUGUUCCUCUCUAAUUUAGCUUAGUCAUCAAACUCCUCUACUUUCCCAGCUACCAUAUAAUUCGAUCCUAGAGAUAAUGCUCAAACCAGUAGAUUUCAGUGUCGAGGGCUAAAUAUUGUCAAGUGUAGGAAUUCUCUGUCUGUGCAGGGCUUUUGUAGAGGAAAACAAGAGUGUGUCAGGUUGGUGAAUUGCCCAGAUAUAAUCCAGUGGAUCAAGAAAGUUGUUUUCUUUCCUCAAACCUAAAUUUACCUCCUUAAAGCUUUUCUUUCCUAUUCUUUGUUUUAACACUUAUCUUCUUUUUCUUAGAAUCAAUAUGUGUAUUCGCUCCAAGGCAAAAGAGAGGUAAGGGUUAGGCAAUUGCAGUUUAGUAACUUGCCCAGGCUCGCAUUGCUAGAAAAAGUCUGAAGUCACAUUUGAACUCGGGACCUCCAGGCCUGACUCUCUUUCUAUUAAGCCACCUAGCUGCCCUUCCCCAAUUCUUCUAAAACUACUCUCUAAGGGUCAAGAACAAAUCUUAUCCUUCCUCCACAAGAUAGCCCUUCAAAUAUUCAAAAAAAUAGCUCUCUUGGGCUCUUCAAAUUCUCUUUCCUCAAGGCUGUCUCCCCAUUUCCUUCAGCCAAUGUUCAUAUAAUAUGGAAUUGAGGUUUUUCUCCAUUAUCAUUACCUUCUAUUAAACACUUAAUAAUUUGUCAAUAUCCAUCCUAAAAUGUGGCUUUUCCUUCUGGGAAAAAUCUGGAGGUGCCAGUGAUUAUCACAUACACUUUCUUCUUGGGUAUGCCCUAAGGCUUGAUUCUCAGUAAAAUUUUAGCUCCUGUGUAGUUCAGAGUUUUGAGAAAGAUGAAUAAAUCAAAAGGGGAAAAUGUCAUUCAUGUCCAUGGGUUCAAGUCAAACAAGAGAUGCCUCAUUAGCAUUUCUGGGGAAAACAAGAGUGACUUUGAUGGGAUUGAUGAUUUCAGAUCUCAAAGUGUCAAAUGGUCAUUUCAGGCAUGGCACUCAGGAGUCAUUCUCACCUCCUCAUAUGAGGAACAGAGUCAUUUGCUCCUGAGAUAUUUUCCCAUUGUAUCCUUUAUUACUCUCCCCUCUUAGGACCUGGGAAUCAUAGAAGGUUAGAGCUGGAAGGUUAAUGGUAGGUCAUCUGGUCCAACCUCACUUAUACUCCCAUCCUGCCUUCUCUUUCUCCUCCUUUCCCUGCUUUCUUUCUCUUCCAAACCUCUUCCAUAGGUCAACCAGUGAAACUCUCAGACAAAACUCAAGAUGAAAGAAGUUGGUGGCCCCUAUCUGCCAUUUUGUUUUGAGUUUGGUUGUUCUUGACAUAUAGCAGUAUCUAAAUUUGAUCUUCUAGCAAGAAAAAUAAUUUGCCCCAAAGUAAGACAAUGAGUUCUCUGUUUCUGUAGAGAGCCUCUGCAAAUUGUGUAGAUAGUUGAUUUCAGAUAUACAAAUCAUAAUUGGAAAGAUCCGUUGAGAUCAUUUAGGACUCCUAGUUCUCUUUGAACCUUGAGAUUCUGUGACUUUUCACCCAUUAUUAUUUUCACUAUCUCUUCAUCUCACUCAGUCUUAUCUGAAACCACUAGCAGCAGAGUGGCUUUCCUGGCACUAACUGUCACCUUGAUAAUAACAUGUCCAAACUUCAGCCUGGGAUUCUCUCUUCAUCACCAUCACUAUUAUUCCAGUUCCUCUCCUGUUCCCCCCAACAAUUUCCCCAAGAACCCUGGGGAUGGAGGAGAUAAUCCAUUCCCACCAUUCAUUCAUAGGAUUAUAUCAGCAAAGAGCUAGAAGGUACCUCAGGGGCCAUGCCAUCCAAUCUCCUCAUUCUACAGGUAAGUGAGCCCAGCUCAGUGAAGUUUCUGGAACAAAACCCCAUGAGUUACAAGUGAUGAACACAGCUGUGUGAGGUCCUCUGAGUCCAAAGUCAACAGUUUUAUCAAACCUCCUCUCGUCUCCUUAUUUAACUACAAAUAAAUUGUUUUUGGAAUUAUUUGAGAUGCUUCAAAAAUGUACCUGACUGUUCAGAUGGAGAAAGAAUACAGAAAUGGUCAUCACCAACUGGUGGCAUCCUGGGUUUAGUAGCCACUCAGCAAAUGUUGGUUGACUAGCACUAACAAGAGACUUAGGUAAUAGUGUGAUUAAAGGAGGACAACUAAAUAAAUGAAUAACCCUACAGGUUACAGUGACUUGAAAUGAGCAGACUUCUGUCGGUGAGAAGAAGACACUGGAGGUAGAGGCAAGAAGACUUGGGUUGGAAGGUCAUGAGCUCCACCCCUAAGUGCCUGGGCACUGUCAAACAGGUUGUUUCCUUUCUUGAUGCCUCAGUGCCCUCAUCUAUUUUUUAAAAGGGCAGGGAGCAAAUUUUUAAAUUGUCUACAUGUCUCUCCAGCUCUAAACCUAUGGAUUUAUCCUCUGCUAAGGUCAUCAGUUUUAUACAAGAACUAGAAUUUCAGUUCUCCAUUGGAUGGACUAAUUUUUGAAGGACAUGAUGGCCCAUGACAAUGGAGGUCAGAGAAAAAAGAAGAGGUUGAUUCUCAGUAAACAAUGAUUACAUUCUCAUCAUUACUUAGUCUCUCUCCCUCUGCCUGUCUUCCUUCCCAUCUAACAACCCCAAAGCCCUCUAUGAUAAAAGCAGGUCUUAUUUUAAAAGCCCAUGGAUCAAUAACUAGCCUCUUCCACUUCGAUCCCUUUAAUGGAACUGAAUUGUAAUCCCCGGAAUGGGUGGUAAGGGUUCCAGAUCCUGUAGGGGGCCAUUAAUAACCAAAUUUCAGUUACCACCUGCCCAAUGAAAGCUCCUGAGUUGUGAUACCUAUUCUACAAGGAAAAAGUCAAGGGCAAGCCUAUCUCUUUGUCCUGCCCUCCAAAAUGAACCUGAUCCAUGAUCAAGAGGCACUUUCAGGAAAAUCUGUGAUCAAAGCACUUGAAUCUGUGGGCAUUGGGGCUGUACCAAUGAAAUAACAUUUGGUCCAUGUUUAUUGAUAAACAAAAGAGUGCUUUCCUUAAGGGGGAUAGACAUGGCCUCACCACUGUGAUGGGGGAAGAGAAGAUUAGGAAAAUCCAUUUCAGCCUAUAAUCUUUUUGGUGUCUGAAUCCUAAAUAGGUUAUUCCUGUGACAUUGCCAUUCUUCUUGAAAUGAUAGGUGAUAGGAAAAGGGGAUGGGAGAAUAAAAGGGACCCUGUAUGUAAUCUAUAGACCAAAGACAGAAUUAUUGAGGUGUAUGACAUUUCUUCCAUUGAUAAAGCUUUAUUUUCUUCAAGUAAUUUCACAAAUAAAAUUCAAGGUUAAAAACAGCCAAAGAGGCAGUUAAAGGUUAUAGAAGGAGUGUGGAACUUGGAGUCCAAAGACCUGGCUUCAAAUUCACUAAACUCACUGUGUGACCUUGGAUAAAUCAUCUCUCAUAGCCUCAGUUUCUUCACAUAAAAUGAGGGGGGUUAAGAGUAUAUAAUCCUAGAAGUCCCUUGUGGUACUGAUAUUUCUGAGAUUCUUGAGUCCCAGUGGAAUGCCUGGGUAUUCUCUCAAACACUGAUUUACUUGACCAAAUCCCAAAGUCUAAAACAAGUAGUGGCCUUAGUCCCCCUCCAUCUUUUCCAUUUAGAGCUUAGCCGUCCUUCCCCUCAGAAGAUUCAGCCCAUGCCCAUUUCUUUCUUCAACACAAGGUGGUCCCACAUCUUAUCUAGAAUUAAGAAUGAAAUCAAGAGUUUUUGCAAAUUGCCAAAGAAUGUCCAUGUGUGUCCAGUGGCUAAACACAGCAUGUCCGGGUCUCUCAGAGAAAACACCAAAGUGUUGCCGGUACGAAUUGGUAUUUGUGCAGUUAAAGAAUGAAUAACAGAUGGGCUUUCCAGUCUGGAAUUUGUUGCUGCACCAGAUGGUACUAGUGCUUGUAAAUCCUUGGCAGGGGGCAGGGUGCCCUCUGCUGGAUCAUCUCUUUCUUCUCUGGCAGAAACUUGAUAAGAGUUGGUUUUCAUGGACACUUCCUCAGCCCCUGAGCUUGGGGGUCUCUAUUUGAAAUGACAGCUACUUCAGCAACACCAAUUGGGUCCUUUUUAUUUUUUUUAAGACCAAACGUGAAGGAUGCUGGAAAGUUUGGAUGGGAAGCCAAAUGGGCGGGCAGUAUCACCAUCAGCAGCCCUUUCUUUGAGUCUGGAAAAUAGAGAAGCUCUUUACUUCCUUUGUUUUCCAAAAAGGCCAGGCUGACUGGGGUGAUCGCCUAGAGAUCUAAAACCAGGGACUGAUCGUUUCGUCCUUGUUCCCCCAUCACUGGCCAUGUGAAAUUCCCAAGGAAGAUCAAUAAACGCGCUUCUUUCUGAUGAAUGUAAAAGGUAUGGGCAAUCCAAGUGUAUUUGUAUCUGUACAUAGCCCCAUAUUUAUUUCUCACUUCCACCUUAGCCAUCUGGAAAAGGUUGUACCAUUUUAUAAUUAGAAAAAAGUGUAUGGGGGGAGGGAAGGGGGGACUGUUAUUUUUAUAGUGGGAUGUUCCUUGUAUUUAGCAAACUUUACAUGAUUUUGUACUUGUGAAAAGAUACAUUCCAUCCAUUUCCAGGAAAAAAAUAGAUUUCUUUUUUUUCUUUAAUGUGGAUUUUAAGAUUAAAAGGGAUGUGGGCUCCGUGUAACAUGAGCUGAGCUGAAAGCGGGUCAUUCAUUCUGGCUUCUGGAGUCAACCUCAUCAGCAGUAUCUAAUGAUGUUGAGCUUAUUAGACUGCAAACCUUUACCAGCAAAGGCCAGCAUACAAAAUGUGAAAACACACACACAUACACACACACAGAAAUUAUUUGAACCCCUUUUAUACUUUCUCACUUGAACAUUUGCUAAUCAUCUGCCCUAUUGGAUUCUGUUCCAGUUGAGAUCCCCUUUUUUCCUGCUCUUGGUGAAGCAGUAGUUGGGCUGGGCUCCAAAGACCUCACAGCCAAUGUUUAGGGCCUUCCAAACGUUAUGGGAAAUUUUCUGAAUAUCACCUGAAUGUUUCCUGGUCAAAUGGGUCACAACGCAGGUGUCCUCUCCACAAGAAGGAUCUCUGGUCUAGUUCUUGGCGCCGACCGUGAGAUGUCCUUUGAACAUCUGGACUCGUCCUGUAUUCAGAAAAUCUCCCUGACCUUCUGAGACCCAAGACUGGCCAUCCCAGCACCAAGUCCCCGCGGCAUUUGCAUUAUCCUGUGAGGGCAUUCCCUUGGCCUUCUGAUGACUCCAGUGGAGUAGCCGUGGUGCAUGGAAUGGGGCCAUUUUGAUCCCACCGUCCUUUUCUGUACAGAAUUGCAGAUGUAAUUGGGUGGUUAGUGCAGCCCAGGCAUGAGUUUGAUUUCCUUCUGCGCGUAUCCAUCCCCACCUCUUUCCUCCUCCAUCCCUCCCGAUGCACUUUAAAUCUCUUGAAAAAUAGAGGAAUCAGAAACCGUUCUAAAAGGGAUUCCUUUGCCUGAUUAGCAAGAGGCCCAGACCUGGACUUGGCUUUAUUGGACGCUGUUAUGUGCUUUGGAGAGUACAAACAGUUGGUCUCAUUUGGGGGUGGUUAUGAAAUGUGGAGAACGAUGGAAAACCUUCAGUAGUACGACAUGGCUAUUUUUGUUAUCUAGAAGAUUCUAAUGUAAAUAAGUACAACUGUGUUAUUAUGUACCAGUAAAAAUCUUGAAGCUAUAAAAGCUAAACCAAGGAUUGUGAA